AGCUAUGUUUUGGUGGCGAGCGAAGUGCUACUCGGGCUAGCUGUCCAGUGUCAUCAGAAACCUUACAACAGUUAACACUGGUCACUGAUAUCAUCAAUAAUAUUUAUCUCUGACCCAAUUUUCCCUCAGUGAAAUGGAAGAAGCAAGAGAAGGAUUAACAUUGAAAGUUGUUGCUGAAAGACUGACACUGGGUAUUACUCGAAUGCUUGAAAGUAUGCCUGGAGUGAUGGACAUCCGUUUUGUGGAGAGAGAGCCUGCGGAGAAGCGGAGUCUGCUGUCAUGGGAACAGAACAACAAUUGUGCUCUUCCUGAGGACUUCCGAGACUUCUAUCUGACAACAGACGGCCUAACUCUUACAUGGAGUGUCAAACUGGACAAUGAGCCGGUGCCUGUGGGCUGUAUGGUGGUCAACAGCAUAACCAAACUAAAACCACUGUCUCAGUCGUCGUCUUUGUUCUCCCUCCCUAGUGCACCCACAUUGGCCGACUUGCACUAUGGGGAGGAUGAAACCGAAGAGCCAGAUGUCGGUCUAGCGAAGCCUUGCUUUGAUUCAAGAAGCCGUAUUUUUGAGCUUGACCCCUGCAAUGGAAAUGGAAAAGUCUGUCUGGUGUACAAAGACUGUGAAAAAGGUGUGGUCGCCCAACAAUGUGAUGUGUGGUUCCUGGACCGCUCUUUGUAUUGGCACUACAUGACACCCACCUUUACUGCCUACUACCGCCUUAUGAUCACCCACCUGGGCUUGCCCGAGUGGCAGUACUCAUUCACUCCCUAUGGACUCAGCCCCCAGGCCAAGCAGUGGGCAGCUCUCUAUCAGCCCCUCACGUUCCACUGUGACCCCAAUAUAGCCGACCCUGCUGGGGAACCGCACAUCAACAAGCUGGACCCCAUCAGGGCCUUCAAGGGCAAAACCAAGCUCCCGGCCCCCAAAAAGAAGCAGUCUACUCAGGCAGGGGUAGGAGGAGGUACUGGGACUACAACCAAGGGGCAGGGGAGUUCCGGGAGGCACAGUGGAACUAAGCGAUGA